UAAUAGUUGACGUAGCACCAUGUGAACACAUGCGUAAACAAGGCAGCUUCAAGACUAUACAGUGGUAGAGCAGAAGGCUCUGUUUUAGUAAACUGAUAUUCUUUUAUAUUAGAACAUUGAGCGAAACAAAAAACUAGUUUAUAAUUUUUUUUAGCUAAAAUGGCGUCAACAGAUGUGCAGGAUGACAGCGACGACGGUAUGGACGCGUUCAUGGACAAAUUCAAAUCGCAGAGGUAUAAAAAUGCUUUCACUGACAGCAACUGGGAGGAGGAGUUCAAUAAAAUCCCCAUGUUCAUGAAAACAGCCCCAGAAGAGAUUGACCCUAAAAAAUACCCUGAGCUAGCCUGUCUCCAAUCUAUAAUCCAUGAUGAGGAUAGAUCUCCGGAAGAGCAAGCAAAGAGUCUGAAAGAUGAAGGAAAUUCAUUUUUCAAGGAAAAAAACUACAAAUAUGCAGUAGUGGCCUAUACAGCUGCUUUGAACAAGAAAUGUGGGGAUCAGGAGCUCAAUGCUGUGCUACUGACAAACCGAGCAGCUUCACACUUCCACCUGGGUAACAUGCGUUCUGCACUAAAUGACGCUGCAGCUGCCAAGAAGAUCAAACCAGACCAUAUCAAAGCAUUGAUCCGAGGUGCUCAGUGCUGCGUGGAGCUGCGUAACUUUUCAGGCGCCAUCCAGUGGUGUGAUGAAGGACUGAAGUCCUACCCGACUGACAACAAACUGAUGGAGCUGAGAGCAUCCGCAGAUAAGCAUAAAAGAGCAGCAGAGAGAGAUGCCAGGAAAGCCAAGGCAAAAGAAAAGAAGCUGCAUGGUGAGAAAGAGGCCCUUCUGGGUGCUAUAAAGGAAAGGGGCAUCAAGCUUCUCCAGCCAAAAAGGUCACGACCUGAAGGUUCAGAUAGUGAGGAUGAGGAUGAACGCCCAUCAGCAAGAAUAGCACAGCUGAGCCUGGACAGCUUGACCCCUGUGGAGGUCACAGGGGCUCAGGUCUUCCUGGAUGAGCAGGGCUCCUUGCACUGGCCGGUUCUGUUCCUUUACCCCGAGCAUCAACAGAGCGAUUUCAUCUCAGCCUUCUGUGAGAACAACAGCUUUACAGAUCAUCUUUGUGUCAUGUUUGGGGAGGAACUUCCACCUUGGGACACAGACAGAAAAUACCACCCACAAAACCUGCAGCUGUAUUUUGAAGAUGAGGAGAAGAAGACUCUCUACCAAGUUGAUCCAGAAAUGUCACUUUUAAAAACAUUGCAGCAUAAGAGGUUUUUUGUGAAGGCAGGCACCCCAAGCUUCAUGGUUUUAGUAAAAGACUCACCAUUCUGCAAGCAGUUUCUGUCUGGAAAGAAAAUCCAUGGAUUGUAGACACGGACACGUAAUAUGAAAAAGUAGAGGACUGACCUGAGCGCUUUUGUUUUGAAGAUUAAAAGACAACUGUCUGCUUUGACCUUGUUAAUGAAACAGGAUCUCUUGGCAAAACUUCAUUACUGUCAACAUGCUUGAUAGUUGAUAUGUGCAGGUUAUUAUGAUUGUGAUGUCUUCUUCUGAUUUUUCCAAACAUGCCUCUAUACAUCAUGGCCAAACAUUUUUAUUUUGAUCCCAUGUAUGAAAUGAUGUGAUUCAUACAGCUGUACCUGUGAACAAUUUGUGCUAAUUCUAUAUAUUUUUUAGACAUAAAUACUACUUGUCCUUAUAAAAAUGUUUUACCUUUUCUGUCAUUGCUAAUGACAUCUUUUUAACUUUAACAUAUAAUAAGAAAAUUCUUAAAUUACACAAAUAACCUGAGAUAAAAGUCUUGAAACUGGGUUUCAACAUUUUCACACAAAUAAAUAUUUUUGGUCAACUUUACUUUGUGUGGAAAUGGCCGUAGAUCAGACCCUCCCCACAUAAAUUAUGGGCAACAAUUGUUUUGCUAAGAUUGUUGACAUUAAGGCAAAAAAAAAAAAAAGUAAUUUGAUUAAACGUGAUGAAUAAAUGAUUGAAGUAAUGGUGAAAACCAUUACUUCAAUAAUGUAAUAGUGUUACAUUAUUGAAGUAAUGUAAUUAAUUGAGUAAUUGAAUAAUCUUUAACUGGAGGAUACAAACCCAAUAAAAGGCCCUUUAUUUAAAGAAUAACACAUUCAGAACAGUAAGUAUACAAAAAAUACAAAAAAAUAUACAUUUUACAUUUAAGAUAAAAAAAAACUUGUAUGUAAAUCUGUUAUACCCAGAGUUUCUCAGCUGUCUUAGUUUUAGCUUUACCUGACUCAAUUUAAAUAUUUUAUUUGCAUCUUAUAAUGAUGUACAAAAACGCUAAAUGGCAAAUCUGCAUAAUGUGCACAUUUUCUAUCCAAUUAAUCAUCAGAAUAAUCAAUAGAAUAACCAAUUAUUAAAAUAGUUGCUAGUUGCAUCUUUGGUGCACCUUAAUUUCUUUAUUAUGCCUGCCUAAUUCCUACAAUACCCGUCAUCCCAAGUAUAGGGAUGACAAUACCGUGACUCAGUGGAAAAAAAGGACUUCUGCAAUAAAGUACAGACAAGACA